AUGUCAUCCAAAUUAUCAGCGAAUGACCACAAGAAUCGGUCAUCUAUUCUGUCGAUGACAUCAUCGGCGGUGACGGACGGGACACUCGCCCAACGGUUGACCGGCGUAUUGAGUAAACAGGGAUUCAAAGUCCUAUUCACGUCAUCGCCGGUGCAGUUGUGGUCAAAGAGCGCGGACACCAAUCAGUGGUCAAUCGACUACAAGAAGAUCGUUGCGGUGAUCACCGGUGGAUCAAAUGCCGGCGGCUAUCGUCAGUGUCUGAUCCGUGUCUACGAUCGAAAUCUGGAGACCAUUCACUUGGAGCUUGAUAUCAAUGGCCGAGACUUUGCGUACGAGUGGCGCAACAGUCGGUUCCAUGUCUUCGGGCGCCAUAACGACGUGUCAAACGGGUGGACAGGUCUGCGGUUUGUGGACAUCAAUCACUCGACAGCAUUCAGACAAUUGAUUGCCGACAAAACGUGGCACCGAUUGGACAGCAAAUUGGGCGCCGACCCGACGGUACAGCCAUUGCACGUGAAGUAUAAGGUGGCGGUCGGCGGCCAGACAUCCAUUAUGGUUACAACAGGUCCCGAUGGCCGAGACAUCGAUGGCCAGCCAGACAUACCAUCAUUGGUUACCACCGCUAGUAAGCGGCAGAAGUGGACGAUUGAAAGUUGGACACAAACGGAACCGUUGGUGACGACAACAACAACGCCAGCGCAAGAGAUAUCGCACAAAGAAGUGUUGGACAGGGCUUUGAAGGCGAUGUCUGCGGCCAUACAUUUCAUACAAACCCACGACAUAUCGACGUCAGAAGAGUUGGUCACCCGAAACGUGCCUAAAGUUAAACAAUGUUAUGGUUUGGAUACCGUCGAUGAGAUACCGGAUGAGGUGAUCGAGAAGUGCGUGGAUUACAGCACCGCCGAUGCGAUACUGUCAUCGGCGGCCGUAUUGGACCAAUUGAUGACUACUAAAUUAAUGGACAAAUCGCGGCAUAAGUUGGCAAACAAUGGUCUUUCUGUUCCGACAAUUCCCAAAGAGAUCGAAAUAUUUACCGAAAAUGAUGGCAAUGGCGGCGAAGACGUGGAUGUAUUGAAUCCGAAGUCAAUUGACAUAUCACUGAAAACACUAACUGACAGAUCAUUGACAGCGAGACAAAUGAUGCCAAUGUCUGUGCCGUUAGUUGAGUGGUCUGCCGGCGGAGACAUCGGGAAGUGUUGUCUCACAGAUAGUAAACCAUCGGAUCAAUUGGUGUCCACAAAAAUGGCUAAAAAGUUUAGGCAUUUAUUUCCGGUUAAAGAGGAGGAAGAAUAUGAAGAAGUGUCUGAUAACGAUGAAGAGGAGGAAGAGGUCAUCAAUACCAGCGAUAUUCCCAUUGAUAUAUCGUUAAGACACACAUCACUGACCGGAUGUGAUGGCGAAGAGACUGCUGUCAAACGUAAACAGUGGUCGUCGGCAGAGAUCUGUACGAAUCCGUGUCCGCUGUCGUCGACUGAUGAGGACAACGACCAGAUGUUGGAUCAGACAUACGACGAGUCUAUGGACGAGAUUGUGGACGAGAUAUUCAAUGGUAUAUUAGACGAAGAGUUAACGAAUCAAAUCCCAGAUAUCGUUAAAAAGGAAACAUCAGUGGCCAAGAGUGACAAACACUCGCCAUCGCUGACAUACGUCCCGUCCCUAAGAUCAUCAGCUGAAGAAGAAGUCGAUGGCAAUGGUAUGCAUGUCUGCGGCGGUGGCGGCGAUGAAAAGCAAAUACCGCGAUCGUUGGCCCGCGAGUUGAACCGUUGGGAACAGACAUUUUCACGGCUCGAUUGGAAACGCAUGUCCGUCGCCAAGAAGUGCACACCAGUGGCCCAAGUCGUUGGACACAAAGCCAGUCCCGCCGCCGCCGCUUCACCGGUAGUCGAGACCGGUAUUCCCGACUACACCGUCGACUAUCACUUACGCCAAUUAUCGCAACUCAUGUCCAACGGUUCCGGAAUUGAUGCCCAGCACAGGGAUUGGUGGACACAUACGGGUGACUGUCCGCCGACGUACGUGACUGUGGCCGCCGUUAAACGAUGGGUCAAACUCUUGGGCGCCUACUGUAGGCCCGUAUCGAUGGUAUUUCUAGACGUGUUUGUGUGGGCGCCCCGACUGUCCACCAAAUGGUCGGUCCACUGGCCGGCGGCCCUCUGCCUACUCGAAGACCGGCGCCGUUGCGGCUAUUAUUUGCGAGUUUACGACAAGCACUUCCACCAAGUGCUUUGGGAACGACAACUGACCGUCGAUGUCGAGCACCGGGCGCUCGACGUACGUCUACAUGAGGUCCGGUUCGUUGACUGUAGAGCUGGACUCGCUUUCCAGAGCGCCGGCAAAGGGUUUGAGUUUGCAUUGUCUGUGAGGCAUGUGUUGAGUGGUUUGGAUGAGAGGUUAGAGCGGCUCCGGGCGGACAAAGAGUUGGAUGACCGCGAGAUGGACUGCCAAAGCAAACGCCAGGCCAAUGGUUUGGGCAAAUGGUUUGGCCAUUGGUUUACCGCCGGUGGGAAAGUGGUGGACAAGGGCUCAGUGGUCGGCGAUGUGUUGGCCUACGAGAGCGAUACCACUAAAGCGCUGAUCGAUAGUCUGUUAAUACAUCCGGCGAUUAAAGGGUUGAUUAUAGCGAUGAUCGAUAAGCACAGGGCGGCUGCGGUCGGGAUGGCCGGGGGUUUAGCGUUGAAUAGACGG